CGUGAAAUUUUUAAGCAAUUCGGGUGACCAAACUUGCAAUUAAGCCGGAUAAAAAAACAAGAAGACAAGAACAAAAGCUAAAAGAGAAAAUAAGCAACCGAAACCGAAGGCCAAAGAAAAUAAAUAAAUAAAUAAAUAAACAGAAAGAGGCCUCGUUUUCGUCUCGUGACGUUUUCGAUCUGGUGGCUUACUGGCUUCUCUCUCUGGUCAUAUUAUUUUUUUGUUUGGUUUGAGGGACCUCAGUAGGGCUUCUUAUUCUUCGUCUUCUCUAUCAGACGCCCUUCCUCUUCGUACUCCUUUCUCCGCGGCGCGCCUUAGUCAUCGCCGUCUGUAUCACACGCUCCCGGAGGUAAGCUCUCUUUCUUUACCGUACACCUCCCCCCAUUCCUGAUCAUUCCAUCCACGGCGAGAUGUACACUUCUCUCCGCCAAACCCUAAUUUGAACCCCGAUUCGAAUUCUAUUCGUUGUCGAGUUAGAAGUGUUGCCCCUCAGAGUGUGUAUUUGGUUUGUUGUUGUUAAUGAGGGUUCAUUUGUUUGUGGGUGAUUUGAUCAGGGUUAGAAGGAGGCCCUACUCGGGAUUUAGCACUUUGAUCUCUGGAGAGCUAUAACAGAGGGAAGGAAGGGACAGUGUUUCUUCUCUUGUGUGUGAAUUUGUUUAAGGUUAGUGGUGGUUUGUUAUUUGAUGCGUGGGCGGGGAUCUGAAUCCGCCGUGCUGCUGAAUAGUCUUGGUCGGACCCUGAGAUGGCCAAUCCCGGAGUCGGGACGUCCAAAUUUGUGUCUGUUAAUCUGAACAAGUCGUAUGGACAGCAGCAGUACCACCACGGUAACCAGUAUCAUUCAAGCUCUUCUUACGGGGCCAAUCGGGCUAGGCAUGGAGGAGGAGGAGGAGGAGGGAUGGUUGUGCUCUCUCGCCCUCGUAGCUCACAAAAGGCUGCUGCGCCGAAGCUUUCUGUUCCACCCCCCUUGAAUCUGCCCUCACUCAGGAAGGAACACGAGAAGUUUGAUUCUGCAGGGGUGGUUGGAGGGCAUGCUGGCACUGGCUCUGGGAAUGGUCCCCGGCCUAGUUCUUCUGGAAUUGGAUGGACCAAGCCUGCAGCUAGUCAGCCAGAGAAAGAAGGAACAGGUGCUGGCGUCGGGGAUAGUUCAGCUGAUAAUAAUGUAGUGCAGAACUUUAUUAUUGAUCGAGGAUCAAGUGAGGCAGUUAAUGGGUUGAGCAAGGCCCGUGUAUACACUCCCCCUUCUGCACGCCCAAUGGUUUCAGCAGCAUCUGCUCCUUCUCAAGGUUAUUCUGUAGCUGAAAAAGUGUCAGUGUUGAAAGGCGAGGAUUUUCCUUCUUUACAAGCAGCAUUGCCUAUCAAUACAGGUCUUGAAAAGAAGCAUAAGGAUGGCUUUAGUCAGAAACAAAAACAGAUGCAGGGCGAGGCAACUGGUGAUGGAGAAGUGGACAGUUCUGUUACGAGUGGCCGUGUCAACAUGCGCCCACAAUUUCAGUCUAGAAGUAAAGUCGGCAGUGGGCUUGGAGAAACUGAUGGUCCGAAUCGCGGUUUCAGUGGUUCAGUUGUUUCUGGGAAAGACCAAAAGCAGGAGGAUUACUUCCCCGGCCCCUUGCCAUUAGUUAGGUUGAAUCCCAGGUCAGAUUGGGCAGAUGAUGAGCGUGAUACAGGGCAUGUGUUGACUGAGAGGGGCAGGGAUCACGGGUUUCCUAAGGGUGAAGUCUACUGGGAUAGGGAUUUUGAUUUCCCAAGGCCUAGUGUCCUACCCCAGAAAGCAGCACAUAAUAAUAACUUCGACAGAAGGAUACCACAUGACAAUGAAACUGGCAAAAUCUUGUCCAGUGAAGUCACAAAGGUAGAUGUUCCCAGCAGUGAUCUGAGAUCCUCGAGCAGAGAGGGACGAGAAGGGAACUCAUGGAGAUCUUCCUCAUCUCUUUCAAAGGAUGGUUAUGCUGGAUUUGAGCGUGGCAACAAUAAAAAUACUAAUUUUGGUGGUAAAAUAUCUACUCCGAACAGAGACACUACUAGGGACAACAAGCAUGUGUCCUCACAUUCCUAUGCUGAUAUUGGAAGGAAGGAUGUGGGAUAUGGGCAGGGAGCAAGAGUACCGUGGAGCAAUUCAUCUGAUUCAGCUGGAAGUCGAGGGCCUGAGUGGAUGCAUCGAGACCGACCAGUAAAUGAGCAGCACAACCGAUACAGAGAUGACUCACAUUGCAAUAGUUCCACACAGAAAUCGUCAUUCUCUUCUGGUGCUAAAGGACCUUCUGUUAAUGAUCCCAUAUUGAAUUUCGGAAGGGAGAAACGGUCGUUUGCAAAAAGUGAGAAGCCUUAUCUAGAGGAUCCUUUCAUGAAGGAUUAUGGGGUGGGUUUUGAUGGACGUGAUCCACUUUCUGGUGCUCUUGUAGGGCUGGUAAAGAAGAGGAAAGAUGUGGUUAAACAGACGGAUUUUCAUGAUCCUGUUAGAGAAUCUUUUGAGGCUGAACUUGAAAGGGUUCAGAAGAUGCAGGAACAGGAGCGUCAGCGGAUAAUUGAAGAACAGGAAAGGGCUAUGGAGCUAGCACGCAGAGAAGAAGAGGAAAGGAUACAGAUAGCCAGAGAACAGGAAGAACAACAGAAGCGGUUGGAAGAAGAAGCAAGAGAAGCUGCAUGGAGGGUGGAAAACGAGCGGGUGGAAGCUGUUCGAAGGGCAGAAGAACAGAGGAUAGCUAGAGAGGAGGAGAAGCGGAGGUUUCUUCUGGAAGAGGAGAGGAGGGCACAGGCUGCAAAGCAGAAGCUUCUGGAACUGGAGGAAAGGAUGGCUAGGAGGAAUGCCGAAGGGGCAAAAGGUGGGAAUGGUAAUUCUUCGGGUGUUGUUGAUCAAAACACAACGGAGAUGGGGGAUGAAACAUGUGCUUCCAAGUUAGGAGACAUGGGUGACUGGGAAGAAGGCGAAAGAAUGGUGGACAGGAUCACAACAUCUGCUUCCUCUGAUAUGCCAGGAAUGAAUAGGCCAUUUGAUUUCGGUUCUAGGCCUUACUUUUCUAGAGAAAGCUCUUCCGUAUUUAUGGACAGAGGGAAGCCUGUGAAUCAAUGGAAGAGAGAUCCAUUUGACAGUGGUGACACCUCAGCCUUUGUUCCACAGGACCAUGAAAAUCAUCAUAGUCCUAGGCGAGAUAUUUCUGGAGGUAGAGGUUUUCCUAAAAGGGAAUUCUAUGGUGGACCUGGUUUAGUGCCCUCAAGGGCUUACCCUAGGGGAGGGAUCCUUGACCCUCCAACUGAUGAUUUUGGUCAAUUUAAAGGUCCAAGAUGGAAUACAUCUGGUGAAGGAGAUCCGUAUAGCAGAAACUUAGAUAUUGAACCUGAUUUCAGUGAGAACUUUGUGGAGAGAUUCGGUGAUGCGAGCUGGGGAUAUGGUCGACCUCGUGGUAAUUUUUAUCCUCCAUACCAUGAGCGAGUUUACCAAAACCCGGAGUCGGAUGGCCUUUAUCCAUUUGCUAGGCCAAGGUACUCUACGAGGCAGCCUCGGGUGUUACCACCUCCGUCUAUUAGUUCAAUGCAGAGAAGUGAUUACAGGGGGGUCAAUGAACGUUCCGGUACUUCUUCUUUUGUGGGAAGUGAGAGACAGUACCGUCAAGGUGCUAGAGAUGAAGUUACCGUGCAACCAAGAUAUGGCAACAGUUACACAGACAAUCUCAGUGGAGCUGAAGCAUUUGAUACUCUGCAAGAUACACAGGAGAAUGAGGUUGCAAAACUUGACAGAAGUACAGAGAGAUGCGAGUCACAGUCUUCAUUGUCUGUUUCCAGCCCUCCUGAUUCUCCAGUCCAACUCUCUCAUGAUGAGCUGGAUGAUUCCCUUGGAUCUCCUGUAUCUACUGGUAAAGCGAAAGAUGUAGCUUUGUUGAGACAUAUGAAUGAAUCUGGAGCCUUGCCUACUGAUGUUGAGAAAGAUAACGCGAUAGGUGGCAUGGCCAUCAUGUCCACUGGAGAUGACGAAGAAUGGGCAAUGGACAAUAAUGACCAGCUACAAGAACAAGAAGAAUAUGAUGAAGAAGAUGGUUAUGGUGAGGAAGAUGAAGUGCAUGAGGUAGAAGAGGACAAUAUCAACUUUACUCAAGAGUUUGAAGGUUUGCAUAUGGAGGAGAAAGAUUCUAUUGAUAUGGUAGAAAACUUAGUGUUAGGUUUCAAUGAGGGGGUAGAGGUCAAGUUGCCAGAUGAUGAGCUGGAAAGAAGCUCAGGAAAUAAUGAAAGUAGGUUUCUGUUACCUCAGGUUCCUGUUGAAAGUACCAAUGGCCAGGAUUCCUUCGACGGAACAAGCUGUGGUGGACAGAGCACUCAACCUGUAGAUAGUACUCAUACUAAUGCUGACUGUUCUUCCAGAAUCUUCCAGGAGACUGAAAAGGGAUUGCAAGAUUUAACUAUUCAACCGACAAAUUCUCCCGAGUCAGCAGCUCCAGAGCUUGUUAACCAGCUGGAUCCUUCUGGUAGUGCUGGUUUAUCCACCCUGUCCCAGGUCCUGUACUCCGCCGCUCAGACUUCGACAUCCUCCGUUCCUCCUGUUUCAACUCAGCCUGAGGUGCCAGUGAAGCUUCAGUUUGGUCUGUUUUCAGGUCCAUCUCUUAUACCAUCACCAAUCCCAGCUAUACAAAUUGGCUCCAUUCAGAUGCCUCUUCAUCUGCAUCCCCCAGUAGGUCCAUCUCUGAGUCAUAUGCACCCAUCACAAGCUCCCCUCUUUCAGUUUGGCCAACUGAGGUAUACGUCCCCUAUGUCCCAGGGGAUUUUACCGUUGGCUCCACAAUCCUUGCCCUUCAUUCAACCAACUGUUCCUGCCAAUUUUCCUUUGAAUCAAAACAUGGUAGGUUCUUUACCUCUGCAACCUGGUCAAGAUGUUUCUGCUCAGAGCUUUGUUAAAAGCGAGGCUAUGCCUAUAUCAAUUGAUAACAAACCAGGCAUCCUACCGAGGCAAUCGAACUUGUCGCAAGGCAUUUUGUCGAAAGAUAACGGUAACAGUGUUGGUAAUGUACAGCAGAGCUGUGGAGGUCCUUCCCGCUCUAUUGACAUAUUUCCAAGGCCUGAGCCAUCUUUGCAAUUGGAAGAUUCAUUUGUGAAAAACGAAUCACAAUAUAGAACUGUGCCCUCUCAGUCAGUUUCAAAGGAAAAAGAUCAACCCAGUAUGUCAAGGGGCGCAGGGGUUGGUACAUCAAGUGGGAGAGGGAAAAGAUACAUCUUCCAAAUGAAAAAUUCCGGUCCAAGAUCAUUUCAAACUCCUGAAGCUUCUCGUAUGGACGCUAGUGUGGGUUUCCAGAGAAGACCUCGUCGCCAGAGAACUGAAUUUCGAGUCCGGGAAAAUUUUGAUAAGAGACAAUCCUUGGGGGUUGUCUCAAUGCAAGAUGACAGGUCUAACAUCAUUGGUAGGGGAGGUGGAGCAAGAGGUGGUUCCAGGAGGGUGUUUGUCUCAAAUAGACAACCAAAACAGUCAUUUGAUUCAGAAGGCUUCACUUCGCGGCCUGUUAGCACACGAGAAGUUGAUUCUGGAAACAGGGUGGGGAAGGCUGCCAGUGGAAAAGAGCCUCUUAGAAAGAGUCAGAACAUUGUGCAUUCUGGAGAAGAUGUUGAUUCAUCUUUACAGAAUGGAGUAGUGCGUGUUUUUGAGCAACCUGGCAUAGAAGCUCCGAGUGAUGAUGAUGACUUCAUUGAGGUGAGGUCAAAAAGGCAAAUGUUGAAUGAUCGUCGUGAGCAGAGAGAAAAGGAAAUUAAGGCGAAAUCUCGUGUUUCCAAGAUGCAAAGGAAAGAUCGUUCUACUUCACGAAAUAAUUUCGGUCCUGCCUCCUCAAGCAAAGUUUCGGUUGCUGGAGAAACAUCAAACAUUAUACGUUCAGGUGCUCUGAAGCAAGGAAAUGCACUGGCAAAUGUUGAAAUUUCAGCAGGGUUCAUAACCCCUGUGAUGUCUCAGCAAUUACCUCCAAUUGGUACUCCUUCACUGAAAAAUGAUGCUCCAGCAGAUGUUAAAGCUCAGACGAUCAAGUCCGCUCAGGUGAGUAAUGUACCUGUUGUGGCAGAUAAUGGAAAGAACCUAGCCUCUGGCAUAAUGUUUGAUGGAAAUGGCAAGGUUCUAGAUAAUGGACAGGCAUCUUUGGGCUCUUGGGGCAAUCCACGACUUCAUAAUCAGCAGGUUAUGACCUUAACUCAAACUCAAUUUGAUGAAGCUAUGAAGCCUGGACAGUUUGAUUCUGCCCCUUCCGUCGGCGAUCCUUCUAGUGCACCAAAUGAACCCAGCUUGGCGCCAUCAUCAAUCUUGAGCAAAGAAAAACCAUUUCCCUCUUCUUCUGCUGCCAGCCCCAUCAACUCGUUGCUUGCUGGGGAGAAAAUUCAAUUUGGUGCAGUUACAUCGCCGACAGUUCUACCUCCAAGUAGCCGUGGUAUUCUCCCUCCUGUGCCAUCUCUAUCUGACAUCCAGCUUUCUCACAACCUGUCUUCUGGAGAAAACAACUGCUCUCUGUUCUUUGAAAAAGAAAAACAUUCUUCCAGCGAGACCUGUGCUCGAUUGGAUGAGUGCGAAGCAGAAGCAGAGGCAGCUGCUUCAGCUGUUGCAGUUGCAGCCAUAAGCAAUGAUGAGACAGUUGGGAGUGGGUUAGGGCCAGGACCUGUAUCUGCCACAGACUCCAAGGGUUAUGGUGGUGUUGAUCUAAAUGGUGUACCUAGUGAUCAGCCAUCCACAAGUCAGUCAAGAGCUGAGGAUUCUCUUAGUGUGGCUCUUCCAGCAGAUCUAUCUGUUGAAAACCCUCCAAUAUCAUUAUGGCCAACUCUACCAAGCCCACACAAUGCAUCCUCAAGUCAGUUACUUUCCCAUGUUCCUGGUGGGCCUCAUCACUUCCCGUUCUAUGAGAUGAAUCAUCCCAUGUUGGGUGGGCCAAUCUUUGCAUUUGGUCCGCACGACGAAUCUGCAUCUCCUCACUCGCAGCAGUCCCAGAAGAGUAAUAAUGUGUCGGUUUCUGGUCCAGUUGGGACAUGGCAACAUCACUCUGGUGUGGAUUCAUUCUAUGGCCCCCAUCCAGGUUUCACUGGCCCGUUCAUGACUCCUCCCCCGGGGAGCAUUCCGGGCGUUCAGGGCGCAUCACACAUGGUUGUCUACAAUCACUUCGCUCCAGUUGGGCAGUUUGGGCAAGUCGGGCUGAGUUUUAUGGGGACUACAUAUAUUCCAUCUGGGAAGCAACCUGAUUGGAAACAUAAUCCGGUUUCUUCUCCAAUGGGAGUUGGUGAAGCAGUCGACAUGAAUAACAUAAAUGCUGCUGUCUCGGCACAGCGGAAUCCCAGCAACAACAUGCCUCCUACCAUCCAGCAUCUUGCCCCUGGCGCCCCUCUUCUGCCCAUGGGUUCCCCAUUGGCCUUGUUUGACGUUUCUCCUUUCCAGUCAUCACCUGAUAUGUCAGGCCAGGCUCGUUGGUCCCAUAUUCCAGUAUCAUCAACUCUUCAGUCUGCUACAGUAUCAAUGCCAUUGCAGCAAUCACAGACAGAAGGUGUUCUUCCGUCUCAGUUUUCCCAUGGACCUGCAGUAGACCAAUCACUGGCCAGCAACAGAUUCAGCGAAUCGCGUCAGCAACAGCAGUCAUCAUCAAACAAUGCCAGAAACUCGACUGAUUCUGCAACUAUCACACGGCUGCGAGAAGAACUCGGGACAAGUGCUGGCAAUUCUUCAACACAGGCAACUGUCCCCAAGAGCUCGUCAGAUAGUGGGAAGAAGGACGGUGUUCAGAAUGGCAGCUGUAAUAAUACCACCACCAGCGUUGGGCCAAACUUGAAGCCCCAACAGCCUCAUCAGAGGAACACAUCGUAUGGUGGUGGUGGCUCAUCUGGGUAUAACAGCUAUCAGAGGGGCGGCGGAGUUUCUCAGAAGAGUAGUUCCGGGGGUGAAUGGUCUCAUCACCGAAGAACCGGAUACCAAGGAAGGAAUAAUCAAUCUCUUGGUACGGAGAAGAACUAUCCUCCUUCGAAGAUGAAGCAGAUUUAUGUAGCGAAGCAGCCUGCGACGAGAACGACAGGGACGUCCUCGAAUGGAAGCAGUUGAGGUUUGGGACUUUGCUCAAGUAACACUUGGUAGUGGGGUUUUUUUUUUAUUUGGUGUAGUAAUUUUGCGUUGUUGGCAUUCCAAGAGGUGGUAUUUACACCCAUCCAAAAGAAAAGGAAGGCCUUGGGGCCUUUGGAAAAAGAAUGUGUCUGGGAUUGUAGGGAUUUUUCUUUAGGUAAGAGAAGAGAAAGAAGUGUAGUUGCAUAAGGGUAGGAAUGCCAGGUGUUGUUUUUCCUCUAUUGGGAUUUGGGUUCCAGUUUUGUGUACCAUCUUUUGUUGGGCUUUUUUGAUGAGCGAUAAUUUUGCUUUUAAGCGGUUUCUUGUUUCUGAGGUAGUUAACCCACCCAAGCUCUAGUCUCAUUUUGUUAAAUCAUGUUUCUCGCCUCCAAUAUAAGCUGUCGUUAGUUUAGGAAUAUGACAUCGCCUCUAUGCGCAGUUUCGUAGCUUGUACUAGUAUCAAUACCCACGGUUAGGUCGCAGAGAGUAUUUGGGUAUAGGGCAGAAAAUUUGGUUGUGGUCAUGCAAGCUAACCGAAGUCGGAUUUGAAUUUUACUAUUAAUUGUUAACGAGAACAAUAAAAUGAAGGAAAUAAAAUAGUUGCGGAUUUGAUUUUAGGUAAUUUAUGGUGUUUGGUGUAAAUGCACACCAAGUUGCAAAACAAAAAACCCUAGAUAAACGCAAAAUUAAACUACCCAAAACCUAAUGGCCUACCCCAUUAGAUAACCUAAACCAAAAAGAAUGACAAAUAGGUUAAUUGGUUGAACGCGGUUAACUGCAAAACCAAAAAUCAUAAUAUCCGGUUCUCAAGUAACUGUAACAACAUACCAAAAAGAAUGACAAAUAGGUUAAUUGGUUGAACGCAGUUAACCACAACAUAACCAAAAAUCAUAAUAUCCGGUUCUCAAGUAACUGCAACAACAACAAUUACAAUUGCUAAAAUGACAAAAAUUCGAUUUUGGAUAACCAACCAAUUUGGUUUGAUCAACAUAAACUGAACCGAGGUUCAGCCCUAUUUGGUUAAUGUAUAGACAUGUUUAGUAUCAAUCCAAUUCGACCCGCGUAUCACCCAAAACACAUGGAUUUAUGUGUCUUAUAAUUUGAUUUGGGUCGUGCAUCACUUGACCCGAGGCAUAUGAGUUGCAUGGUUGAGAGGGUUCAAAACCAACUCACCCCGAUUCAUGUAGACCCCUAAUCAUAAUUCAUUUUAUUGUACUCCUUUACUUAAAACUAACGAAAGGAAAGAAAAACAAUGAUGUACACAACAGAUGUCAAAGAACAUAAAACCAAUUAAAAUUUGAUAAAAAAACUUGUUCUACAUUUACAUGACAUAAGUGUAAGAAACAAUCAUCAUGCUUUAUUAGAACCUUGGUAGGUCCAAACAAACUGGGAACAAAAAACUCUUAUUUGCUUAUUAUCUAGCUAGCCUUUCUCGCUAAAUGGGGAGUGAAGUAGCUGUUGAUACCUCAUAUCUCUUUCGCCAUCCAUUAUAUUAUUAACCAUUUUUGUAGCUGGUGAUGAUUUCCAACCAUACUUAGUUACCUAAUCACCAUUAAAAUGGGGAAUGAACAUAUUUAUUAAGUUUGUGUAUUGAGUGAACAAUGCAUAAAUAGGAAAGCUACGCCUAACCAUCGCAACUCACAUCAUUAAAACUCUCGGAAAAAACGGGUAAAAUUAAAAAAAAUUCUUUGAAUAAUAACAUUCAACUUGUUGUGAGUGAGAAAGAGAGUUGGAAGCUUAUCAAUCGAGCACAACCUUGACUUGGAUCAUGAAACAUAAAAUGAAUUAAUCACU